AUGGGUUCGACCACAGCAGGUACAAGUUCUCAAUCUUGCAAUGACCCAGGACCAUCAAGACGUCUCCAUGUUACCCCAGCAAAUAUUGUGGCAUCUCCGCUUGUUCCAUUUGUGGAGGUAGAAGUGGAAAAUACAAGCAUGCUCUCUCCAACUAUGCCGUCAUCUCAAGUGCAAGAAAUUCAGCCAGGGCCUGCUUUGUCCGAGCAAUCAACACCUCGCCAUUCUAGACCUAUUCGAACUCGGGGAUCACAUAGAAGACGAGUGAGGCCACACACACAGAGCAGGCAGCACAACAGUUUCUCCAAGCCGAAGAACACUGGAGAAAUUUUAAAAGUCAACAACACCAAGACUUUAUGGACAUGA